UCGUGGGCAGACCCACGUACCCACGUGGGUGGGCUCCACCCGUUCACAGUAGUUGAGGAUAUCCAACUCUUCAUCAGCCGUUAUCCCAUCUAUUCUGAUAGACGGCCAGAAAACAUACGAGGAAUGGGAGGCCACUUGCUGGACGUUAACAUGGAGGUUUUAAACCCCUUCUUGGGCUACUACCAUGACUGCGAUUUUACUGUCCGUCCAGCCACGGAGCUCGUCCAGGCAGGGGUGAGCAUCAAGAAAGCCGAAACAGAAAGCUUAAACGACAUCAGCUUCAGUAACGGAGUCCUCAGUCUCCCUUGCUUCAAUUUCAACUCCUACACUACAACUACACUUCUCAAUUACAUUGCCUACGAGCAGAUGCACAGAAAAAGCUACAGGGCUACUUACUAUGCCUUUCUCAUGGAUAAUAUCAUUGACAAAGCCAAAGAUGUCACGUUGCUUAGGCAGAAAGGGAUUAUCACUUGCUGGUCAGGGAGCGACAACGAGAUAGCUUCCUUCUUCAAUUGCACCACCAAGGAGCUGCUGUACACAUUUUGUACAGACGAAACUAACGUGAACGAGAAGUUGGAAGAGUACUGCAAGAAGAGAUGGCAUAGGUGGCGUGCCAGCUUCAUGCAAACUUACCUCAGCAAUCCUUGGGUCUUCAUCUCGCUUAUUGCAGCGUUCAUCCUCUUAUUUCUCACCAUUCUCCAGACGUUGUACACGAUCAUGCCUUACUACAAUCACUGAGCCAACAAUAGUAUAAACAACAGGAAGCAUGAACAACCUAUCAAGAUGCCAGCAGAGCAACAUGCUAUAUCAAAGAGUCAUUACACAAGGAAUCAAUGAGAUUUCAAAUAUAUCAAACUUUAGCACAGUAAAAUUUGUAACUUUUUUCUUUUAAAAGAAAAACCAAUU